AGCGUAUUUGUCCUCGUUUCGGCGGAGCGCGGGCGAACGCGGGCGAGCUGUUUGAGGUUUGUCAUGGCUCAGAGGCGUGUGUUACUGGCACUUCUCUCGAGUGCAGUCUUGGGCAGCUGCUUUUUGGCACCCAGUGUGCACUCCGCCACUGCACCGCGUUCGGCCAGCCAAGCUGGUGCCGCUUUUCGCUCGUCCUCGAUCCACACGAACAGCGCUGCCAAGUUUGCCAGCUUCUCGCUGCUCUCCCUUGCGGCGCUGGCAGCUCAAAUGCGGAGCGUUGCUCGCCGGGCCAGUCAGGACGAGUUGAAGAAACAGGUCGGCUUCAAGGCUGUGGAUGACUACGUGAAGAGUGGAACCGUGAUCGGUCUGGGCACAGGCUCCACCGCCGCCUUUGCAGUGGAACGGGUGGGCGAGAAGCUAAAGAGUGGCGAAUUGAAGGACAUCAUAGCCAUUCCUACAUCCAUUCGCACCAAGGAGCAGGCCGAAGGUUUGGGCAUUCCCCUGGCCACUCUGGACACCCACUCUGACUUGGAUGUGGCCAUCGAUGGGGCAGAUGAGGUGGACCCAGCUCUGAACUUGGUCAAGGGCGGAGGAGGCGCGCUCUUCCGGGAAAAGAUCGUAGAGAUGUGUGCAAAGAAGUUUAUUGUGAUUGUGGACGAGUCCAAGCUUUGUGAUGGUUUGGGUCCCGGCUUUCCAGUGCCCGUGGAGAUCGUGCCCUUCUGCCACGAGCACACCAUGCGGCAGAUCGCGGCGCUGCCCGCGCUCGCCGGAUGUGAGCCGGUGCUAAGGUUGGGGAACGUCGCCAACAACCAGAAGGAUGGAGAUGAACCAGCCAUCACGGACAAUGGGAACUAUAUCGUGGACCUGAAGUUCACCAGCCCCAUCAAGGACCCUGUGGCCGCUGGCGAACAGCUCAAGGCGACGGUGGGUGUGGUGGACCAUGGCCUCUUCACAGGCAUGACCACCGCUUGCAUUGUGGCUGGCUCUGAUGGCAUCAUCGUGAAGGAGGCCUAGGCACGACUCCGCAGCUGAGAUCUCGCCGGAAUGGCCAGAUCGGGCCGAGGGCAACACCUUCUGCCUGGAGGUGCUAUUUUCUUUCGUUUUUCCGCUUAGACAUUCUCUCAAAAGGCCGAGCUACAAGG